AUGACUCGUCUCGCACCCUACGGCAAGAGGCACAAGGUGACCGUGAUAGGCUCCGGCAACUGGGGCUCUGUGAUUUCCAAAAUGGUCGCUGAAAAUGUCGCCGCCAAUCCAGAUACCUUUGAGCUAACCGUUGACAUGUGGGUGUAUGACGAAAAAGUGGAAGUGCCCCAAACCUCAAAACACUACGACCCUGCUUCCCCGCUGUGCGACGGACCGCAGAACCUCACCGAAAUCAUCAACAAACUCCACGAGAACGUCAAAUACCUCCCCAACAUCACUUUGCCGUCCAAUCUUCGUGCCAACCCUUCCCUGGAAGAAGCCGUCAAGGUAUUUGCGACAGACUAA